AUGGAUAGUCGUACUAAUGGCGCAAGGAACCGUCCUGAAUCCAAGAAAUCAUCCACAUCCGUGAUACUUCGAAGGGAUAAAUCUCACCAUUCAUUGAGGAAUCUAACUCUCACUCAUCUCACUGCAAAACAACAUUUCCUAAUAGCUCUAUGUCGUGACGUGUCAUUGCUUCCGCCCAUUUUUGCAAUGUGUCAAUCGCUAGCAAAGGCUUGGUCUUUAUCCUUUGAAACAAACGUUCUGUAUAGUGGCUCAUCGGGUCUAACGAAUAAGAUGAAGAUGGCUUGGAGCGCUUAUAUCGGUACUACGACUAGUACCGAGGAUGAUACCAUUAUAUUGAGUGCUUUGACCACGGCUAGAUCUUCUGAAUAUUUUCUAGCUUCCAUGUGGUGCUUGGUAUCCAUGUACCUCUCAUACUCGAUCUUGGACUCUCUAAUGGUAAGAUGGAUUAUCAAGUAUGCUACGAUGGCAGCUAUCUUUAGAAUGUUUUCUAUGUCACUAGUGAUGAUCUGUUUCGAAUUGCUCUUGACGGCAGCUAUGUCACCGUCAGGGAAAUACCAUUUGCAUACCUGGAUUUUAAUAAGUUGUCUACUUACUGGUGGGUACAUCUGGCAGAGUUUUAUCACAUCGAACUUGAUCUACGGCGAUAAUGCUUCAUCAUCUCAGUCAACUUUCCCCAACAAUUCCGAUAGCUCAUCAUCACGUAGAAAUGAUAGCUCUAGUUCUGGAGAUAAUGAUGACACCGGUAACGGCACGUCUAAUCAAGGACUAACUUUUUCUGCUGCCAGAUCGCGAAAGAAGAAAUUGUCUUCCUCCUCAUCGUCAUCAUCUGCCAGUCAAUUUCAAUUGCGCUGGUCAAAACGCAGAAGAUUGGAUCUCUAUAAAGUGACAGUGUUCUGUGUCGUUCCAGUGGGUUUCACGUCGUUUCUGACCAUGAUAGUGCUCCUUCGCAACUUGUUCAUUCAGAGACUGGACGUCGAACACAUGGAACGCUUACUACGGAAUUCUUACCAUAAUUGA